AUGCCUGCUACGAUGUCACCAUCUCAAGUCUCCGCACUCUCGGCGUACCCUAGUCCAUACCCAAGGAACCCCGACCCCAUCGCUCGCCGCCGCCGGACCUCCGUCAGCGGCAAGCUCCUCAGCCUCUUCGCGUCGUCGAAACCCAAGUCGGACACGGCGCACCCAGCUCAGGCCCAGCGCCCGGUCAUCUCGCGCCCUCAGCCACUCGAGCGGAACGCCUCGUCCACACGCGUACCCACACACGCCCACACGUCAUCCGCCCGGCGGAAGCGCAACUACGCGGAAGCGUCCGGCGACGAGAACGACGAUAGCGACGACCGACCCACGCGCGACGACAGACACCACGACGGCCCCCGCGCGUCUUCUCGCCCACGACUGGACUCGGACGCGUCCACUCACACUGUGCGCCCAUCCCAGCCGGUGCCACCGCUCAAGAGUGCAUUGAAGAAGCCCGCCGUCGAGCCUGAAACGCGGACAAGCAAGGGCCUUUUGUCUGCGCGCUUUAGCCACACGCGUGCCAAAGCGGCGCUCAAGACAAGCAGUGGGCACAAUCGCGGUGCCUCCGCGCCUCCCUCUUCUUUUGCGCUUUUUCAGGACGGAGCGAGGGACAGGCCUCUUGCGCGAGCUAUUGUAUCCGGUGCUACUUCUUAUACACCAUCCACCUGGCCGACGGCUCGCGCCACUACGAGUGCAUGCAACCGCGACAUCCCUAAACCCUCCGGAACGAAGAAGACAGUAACGUUCGCAAAGCAGGAGAAGAUGACCCUCAAGCGGGCGCCCACGCUGCGCCACAUCCCCGACACCGACCAUUGGUUAGACCUCGCGAUCGAGAUCGAAGGCUUCGACGCUCCCACCGAGCUCCUCUUCUCCAGCCUCGACAACCCGCCGUCGCCCCCCUACUCGCGCCCCAGCAGCCCUCAGCCGAAGUCGCGCCCGAACAGCCCUCGGCGCAAGUCUGAGCCGGUGUUCACUCUUGCCCCUGCGCCCCGGCGCACGCGCAAGUCGCUCCCAGUUCCACCCGUCGUCAGCACCAGCGCGAUCAACGCACGCGCCGCUGUCGCGGGCAACCACAAAGCUGACGCGCGCUCGUGCUCGCAGUUCCGCUACGUGCUCGCGCGCCAGGCGCCUCCGACGCCCGAAGCCACGCUCAAGCCGUUCCGUCUACCUGGCGCGACCGGCGCGAACAAGCAGCGGGAGGGCUCCGGCGCCGCGCGGGAGAAGGAGAACGGAAUCGGCGCAAGCGGCAUCCUCGAGGACGUCUUGAAGGAGAUCGCGCGUGACUCGGCCGAGCGGGAGCAGGAGAGGAGCGCGCGCGAGAAGACGCAGCUACAACAAGCUCAGAGUGCGUGCGACAGGGUUGAGCGUGAGCAGGAGCGCGGACGAUCUACGAAGAAGCGAGCAGUACUGCCUACCGUCUCGGGCUCGAGGGCCGUGCGCGACCGCUUCUCGGUCGAUCUUGUCCCCAACGCACGCCACACGACACUCUGGGACGGUAAAGAGACCGAUAUCUACGCGUGGCAAGGCACGCUCGAGAUCCACGACACGAAGCCCCCGUCGUACUUCUACCCCCGCCACCUCAUCCACGACGUCACCAUCCAAUUCCACACCGCCGACGAGCCGCGCGAAGACCCCGUCACCUUCGACCCCACGCCGUUCACCUCCUCGUCCACACCACCAUUCUCCACACACGAGUGGCAGACGAGCUACAGCGGGACGCGCCUCCCCUCCACCUUCUCGACAUCUCCAAUUUCCGGCACACCGACGCUCGACCCCUCGCGCGGCAUCGCGCUCGAGUACGCGCCUCAACUACAGCCCAGCGACAACCCCGACGGGCCCUGCACGUGGACCGUGCGCUUCUGGGUGCCCGUCCCACUGAGGUUGUUUGCGCGCGCGGAGCACCGCACGUUCGUGUGCCGCGCGAAGGUGACGAUGCGCGACUGGGAGACGCCGACGACGGUCGUGCCUGGGGGAUGUGUUGUGGUCGGGAUGGAGCGGCUGCGGACAAAGCAGCUGUUCGCUGACGGCGGCGCGCCGAUGAUGGCGUUUUGA